CGAAGCAUUGGAAAGUAAGUAUCAGGUUCAUAAAGAAAAAACAGGAGAACUUAGUAUUGAUACUAUGGAAAAAGAGAUAAAGAAGGCUUAUGAUACUGGGGCAGAACGACUUGUAAUAGUUACACUAAAAAGAUUCGAAUAUGAUGAACAAAAUAUUCCAGAAGAGGAUAUUUUUCGUAAAGAGCUAGAUAUUUCGUCGAUUAAAUCUAAUAAAGCUAUUCCAGAUUAUAGGCUAUGUAUGGAAUGUGAUAUUAUCAUUUUGACAGAAGACCUACCUAGAUUGCUCGUUUUAAAUGUUUGCAGUGAUAUGAUCUAUCAGACUUAUGCGAAAAAAUUCAUAAAGAUGGAACAUUAUUUUGCUCAUAUGAGAAGACAGAUAAUAGUUUUCUUCAAUCUCCUUUCAACUUCAAGGUCCUCUGAAACUACUUCUAAUGUUAUAGAAACUGAUGAUAUGAAAACUGACAAUGAUAAAAUAAUAACCAACAAUUUUAAAACUUAG